AUGAAACAGGAGCCGCCCGGCCCCGGCGCGGGCCCCGACGGCGCGGAGGCCACCGGCCCGCUCUACCCCAGGCGUCGGUGGGAGGCGAGCGAGCGCGCGGGGGCGGCUCGGGAACGGCGGCGUAACGGCCAGGCGCGCGCUCUCCGCAGGCCCAUGUACUACGGCGACCCGGGGUCGGGCGGGCCGCUGCCGCCGGGCUUCCCGUCGGCCGCCAUCAACCUGUCGGUGAAGUGCGUGGCGGCGGCGCAGGCGGCGGCGCAGGCGGCCGCGCUCAAGGCGGCGCAGGCCCAGCAGGCGCAGCAGGCCGAGCCCACGUCCCCCGGCGGCUCCGUCAUGGACCUGAGCACCUCCAGCGUCACCUCCACCUCGCCGCAGCUCUCGGAAGCAGGCAGAUGCCUCCAUGAAGAGUGUUCGCAGCCCGAGCGCAGCGGCUCUGACGCCCGCGUGGCUCUGUGGAUGUGUCAGGGCGGCGCGGGCGCGGCGUACGGCAGCGCGGGGCUCAGCCCGCAGUACCGCAGCCCGCAGGCGGCCGCGUCGCCGCACCUGUCCGCGUCGCCGCAGGUGCCGUCGCCGCAGGGCCAGACGCUCGACCUGAGCGUGACGCGCGUGCCGCCCAGGUCAGUGCCACGCCCCCCACGCGAGGCGGUGCCCGCUGCCCGGCCGCGCCGCCGGGUCGCGGGCGCUGCACGCCUCGGCGAA